GUCCGCAAACCUGCAGCGGAAGUGAAGAACACUCUUCCUCAAUUGUCUGGAGCUCAGAGAUGCGGCCCAGGGGAGGGAGCUGUGGCUAGUUAAGGAGGCCAUGCUUGAUGUUUCUUCCACGUCCCAUGUCAGCACUAAGUCCUCAGCUGCUGGUGGCAGCUGCUCAGCAGACCCUGGGUAUGGGAAAGAGACGGAGCCCACCCCGAGCUGCCUGCCUUCAUCUAGCCGGAGAGGUGCUUGCUGUGGUCCGGGGACUGAAGCCAGCUCUGCUCUAUGAUUGCAACUGUGCAGGGGCAUCAGAGCUCCAGAACUAUCUGGAGGAGCUGCAGGGCCUGGGCUUCCUGACCCAGGGACUUCACAUCCUGGAGAUUGGAGGAAACAGCCUAAUUGUAAGUCUUGAGCAUGUAUGUCAGCACUUGGAGCAGGUGUUGCUUGGUUCCAUAGCCUUUGUGGAUGUUUCCAGCUCCCAGCCUCAUCCUUCUGUCUGCUCCCUGGACCAGCUUCAAGACUUGAAGGCCCUCACGGCUGAGAUUAUCACGCAUUUGCAGGGGCUGCAGAGGGACCUAUCCCUGGCAGUCUCCUGUAGCAGCCUUGGUUCCUCAGACUGGAAUCUCUGUACUGUGUUUGGGAUCCUCCUGGGCUAUCCUGUCCCCUAUACCUUUCAUCUGAACCAGGGAGAUGACAACUGCUUAGCCCUGACCCCACUACGGGUGUUCACUGCCCAGAUCUCGUGGCUGCUUGGUCAACCCCCAGUCUUGCUCUAUUCCUUUAGUGUCCCAGACAGCUUGUUCCCAGCCCUGAGGGACAUUCUAAACACUUGGGAGAAGGACCUCAGAACUCGAUGUAGGACUCAGAAUGACUUUGCUGACCUCAGCAUUUCCUCUGAGAUAGUCACACUGCCGGCUGUGGCCCUCUGACUUGAACUCUUCUCCCAUGUAGAAGGUGCUCACUAAAUGAUCAGCUCUAGGUCAGGGACGGUAAAUAGGAAUCAUCUCAAGUGUCAAUUCCCAGCGUCUUGAGAACACUAGAGAAGAAUGCUGUAAUCCCUUGGCCACAUCUGCCGUGGGCAUGGGAAUAGGUGGUGGUGGUGGUAGCAUUGGUAGUACAUAUUUGCCAUUUCUAUACUAGGGAGUCCUCUUGACUUAGCUGAGAUGUCUAUUUAUUUUUCACUGGAUGGGAGUUAGAAGGAAGGAGGUUGUGGAGAAGAAGGGUGGUAGAGGACAAGUAGUAUACUCUUGUACGGUAGCAUUGUAAAUAUACCUGCCCUGUGUGGGUAGUGUCUGCCAGAAAGUAGAAGGACUGGGCUUUACUGCGUGUUUAUAUACCUCCAACUGAAUUGGACUAGGGAGAGUGGACCAGUGUG